AUGGAGAGUAUGGAGUCGUCAUCGUCGUCAUCCCAACAAUCUUCAGUGGUGGAAUCACGGCUUAUCCUCACCCCUCUGAUGAUCUCCUUGGCAGGUGUACUGGCCACAGCCCUGGCAAUCGUAGCUUACAAUUUGGUAUUGACGAGAUAUUGCUUGGGUCGAAGGCAUGGGAGGAUCUCACAACACACUCAUCAGGAACAAGAACACCAAGUGGCAACCGGGGUCGAAGAGAAAGUCCUCCAAUCCAUCCCAGUUCUCACUUACUCAAGCAAACAAAGCGGAUCGUUUCUUCCUGACCAGACUGAAUGUGCCAUCUGCCUGGUUCAGUUGGAGGAAGGAGAUAUCGUGCGUUGGUUGCCAAACUGUCGACAUGCCUUCCACCUACGUUGCAUUGAUCAGUGGUUCGCUUCUCACGCGAAUUGCCCGCUCUGUCGAUCGCCCAUUGCGGCAGUAUCCGUGGCCAUAGCAUUGCCGAUGCCCUCUGUUGGGGCCGAAGCAGAGGAAGACAGAGUCCAUGAUCGAGUUGAUGCUCACAGCCAAGCUGGAACUGGCGGCCACCAAGUUGGGGUUAACGAUUCCAUAUCGCAGCUGGCUCACUCGUCAAAUCGUUUGCUUCGACACUGUUCUUCUCUUAUUUUGCUCGCUGAGAUAAACCCACCACCAUUACUGCCUGUCGCACUAAAGCGAUCCUGGUCCAUGGAUUUUUCCCAUAAGACGCAACAAGACACCGGAGGCGGAGGGGUUUCUUCUUCAGUAUCAUCUUCGUCGUUGUCACCACCGCUGUCUUCCUCUUCUAAUGGUGGGGUUUUAAAAUUGCAGAGUAGUUCACGCAGAGCAGCCAUGCUAACUAGAUCCUUGUCAUUACUGGGGAUAGGUCGCGGGUGCACAACCAACAGAAUCCUUCCUCAGUGA